AUGAAAAAGGGCAAGUCCUCAUUAGGAAGAAGCAAAAGGUGCAACACGCAGGCCUACACGUGGCACAAGGGCCCGCGCUGCGAGGCCGUCGUCACCGACUUCCAGGUGCUGUGCGUGGCCGUGGGCUCGGCCGCGCUCGUCCUGCUGCUGCUCUUCAUGCUCACCGUCUUCUUCGCCAAGAAGCUCUACCUGCUCAAGACGGAGAACAGCAAGCUGCGCAAGAGCAAGUACCGCAGCCCGUCCGAGCUCCACAACGACAACUUCUCGCUGUCCACCAUCGCCGAGGGCUCGCACCCCAACGACGACGGCGGCUCCAAGGCGCCGGAGCUGCCGCAGGCGGGCGCCAAGAAGGAGGAGGAGGAGGAGGCCUUCGUGCCCGGCGCCCCCUCGCCCAAGCGCCCGCCCGCCAAAGCGGAGCCCGACGGCGCCGCCACCAACUGCCUGCCCAACCACGUGGCGUAG